GACAGGGUGACGAUUAAAAGAGACUUGCACUACACUGUGCGUGAGACAGAGGAUGGCACUUUUGAAAUGACCAUCAACUCAGCUCAGAAGUCGGACACAGGAGUGUACACCUGCAAGAUCAUCAAUGAGUAUGGAACGAAGCAUUGCGAAUGCAAACUGGAGGUGAAAGUGCCACCAGUGGAGCCAGGCCUAGCCAUUACCCGUCCAGUGAUGGACAUCACAGCGGACGCCGGUGAGACGGUCAUGUUAGAGUGCCAUGUAAUUGGACCACUGGACACAGACGUCGAUUGGCUAGCAGAUGGUAAACAGAUCCAGCCGGCUCUGCUCAACUGCAAAAUGCAUUUUGACGGGAAAAGGUGCAGGCUGCUCCUCAACUCAGUGCACGAAGAUGACAGCGGCACCUAUACGUGCAAGCUGACCUCGGCCAAAGAGGAACUGACCUUAAGUGGCCAACUCAAAGUCAUCCCCUCCAUCAAGCCCCUUUUCACCCGCAAGCUGGAUGUCUUAGAGGUGAUUGAGGGACGUAACGCCCGCUUUGACUGCAAGGUCAGCGGAUCACCACCUCCAAAAGUCAGCUGGGGACAUUUUGACCAUACACUGGUAGAGAGUGACAAUGUGCAGAUCUUACAAGAGGGAGGACGUCACUCCCUCAUAAUCUCUCAUGUCACCAAUGAGGAUGAGGGCUUCUACACAGUCAUCGCUUGCAAUCCACACGGCAACGCCGAGAGUGCCGCUGAGCUCUAUGUCCAGGAGCCCAGACCUGCUAUGUCAUCUCAAAUGGCGAAGCUAGAGAAGAUGCCGUCCAUCCUGGAGGAGCCUGAGGUGCUGGACAACGAGGUUGAUCGCUUUACCAUGCCUGACUUUGUCAAGCCCCUGUACGACCUGGACGUGAUUGAGGGCAAGGAGGCCGUGCUCAAGUGCAAGGUGGCCGGCCUGCCAUACCCCACCAUCGUGUGGUUCCACAAUGGCAAGAAGAUCGACAGCAUGGAGGACAGGAAAAUGACACAUUUCAGAGACAUCCACAGCCUGGUCAUCAGCUCUGUCUGCCACGCUCACGGAGGGGUAUACAAGAGUGUCAUCUCCAACAAGGUGGGCAAGGCCACCUGCUACGCCCAUCUAUAUGUGACUGAUGUUCUUCCAGACCCUCCAGAUGGGCCCCCAGUAAUAGAGGCGGUUACUGGCAAGACUAUCACCCUGAGCUGGAAGAAACCCCGGAGGCUGGAUCCCUCUAUUGAUCCCAACACGUUGAUGUAUGCCAUCCAACAACAAGCGUUGGGCUCGAUCCAGUGGACCAUCAUAGUGUCCAGUCUGAAAGACCCUUGCUACACAGUGACCACCUGCUCCAAAGGAGUCUGCUAUGCAUUCAGGGUCUUGUCAGUCACCACCAAGGCCUUUAGCAAACCCUCUCCGUCCACAGACCCAGUGCAACUUGUCAACAGAGGUCCAUAUCUUCAGGAGGCUCCGGUGAUCAUUGAUAAGCCAGACAUAGUCUAUGUCCAGGAGAACCAGUCAGUCAGCAUCGCCAUCACUCUGAACCACGUCAAUGCUUCAGUUACCUGGAAGAGGAGUGGAGUGGUCCUUGCCAUCAAACCUGGGCUGUAUGAGAUGAGUAUGCCUGAUGACGACCAACACUCUCUGAAGAUCCUGAGGGUGAAGAGUGGUGAUGUGGGUCAACUGAUGUGUGUUGCCUCCAACAAGUUUGGCAUCGACUCCUGCAUCUUUAGUGUGGAAAUGGCAGCACCACCAACCUUUGAGUCCAUCAUGGAGGAUGUGGAUGUACACAUGGGGGAGACGCCUCGCUUGGCUGUGGUUGUGGAGGGCAAGCCCAUUCCCGACAUCCUGUGGUUUAAGGAUGAUACAUUGUUGUGCGAGAGUAGUCACAUCACCUUUGUGUAUGAUGACAACGAAUGCUCCCUUGUGCUGCUCAACACAAGUCCAGAAGAUUCAGGGGUGUAUACCUGCACAGCCAAGAACCUGGCUGGCUUUGUGUCCUGUAAGGCUGAGCUCACCGUGCUCACAGUUAAAGAAGACAAGGAGGAUCCAAUGGAGGACAAGGAGACCGUUCUCAGGAAGAUGCGCCGGCUGACUGACUACUAUGACAUCCACAAGGAAAUAGGGAGAGGGGCUUUCUCCUAUGUGAAACGAGUGACGCAGAAGGUGGGUAAAAUGGAGUAUGCUGCCAAGUUCAUCUCUGCCCGAGCCAAGAGGAAGGCUUCUGCCCUGAGAGAGAUGAACCUGCAGUCUGGGCUGGACCACGAGAGAGUCCUGUAUUUCCAUGAUGCCUUUGAGAAGAAGAACGCAGUCAUCAUUGUCACAGAGAUAUGCAAUGAGGAGCUGCUGGAGAGGUUUACAAAGAAAUCUACAGUAAUGGAGUCAGACAUCCGCUCCUGUAUGAGACAGUUGCUGGAGGGUGUGGACUACCUUCACCAUCAAAAUAUUGUCCAUCUGGAUAUCAAGCCUGAUAACAUCCUCAUGGCAGACCCCCAUGGCGAUCAGAUCCGCAUCUGUGAUUUCGGAAACGCCAUAGAGCUCACACCCGAUGAGGCUCAGUACUGCAAAUAUGGAACACCAGAAUUUGUUGCCCCAGAAAUUGUCAACCAAACUCCUGUGUCCAAGGCAACUGACAUCUGGCCGAUUGGAGUCAUCACAUAUCUGUGCCUGACUGGAGUGUCUCCGUUUGCUGGAGAGAAUGACCACAGCUCCGUGCUCAACAUCAGGAACUACAAUGUGGCCUUUGAGGAGAGUAUGUUCGCUGACAUGUGCCGAGAAGCCAAGGGAUUCAUCAUCAAACUGCUGGUGGCAGACAGACUGAGGCCUGACACACAAGAGGGUCUCCGUCAUCCAUGGUUCAAGACCCUUACCAAGGGGAAGGCCAUAAGCACAGAGACCCUCAAGAAGUUUGUGUCUCGCCGAAAGUGGCAGCGGUCCCUUAUCAGCUACAAAUCCAAAAUGGUCAUGAGGUCCAUCACUGAGUUGCUGAAUGACUCAUCCAGCCACAUCUCCAUCGCUGUUCCCAGACACCUGAAAGAGGGCUCACCCCCACCAUCAUCGUCCUCUGACUCCGACGAAGACAUUGACGAGCUGCCCUUCAUUCCAAUGCCACUCACCAUGGAGUUCUCCGGAUCAAGAAUGUCUCUAAAUGAGAUCCAGGAAGAUCAGGAAGGCAAAGGACGGCCAAACGGCACCAUUGAUAGGCCAGGGUUUGCAGUCACUCAUGGCCAAGAGGCGAUGGAGUGUGAAUCCACAGGGAAAGAAAAAGAGGCUGGAGAUUCCGCAGGUAGGGGGCGUGCCAGGAAAAGGUUGACGCAAGAAAACGACAAGGGGUCUUCGGAUGAGGAGUUGGCAGAGUUGGCGCAAGUAUCUGAGAAGGCAAGAAGGACCUUGCACAGAGGCUCGAGCUUGGAGUCGGACAAGCCAGAGGGAGGACCCAGAAGGGGGCAGCUGCAUAGAGGGGGCUCUGCUGACAGCGCACUGCUACUCCACAUUGUUCCAGAAGAUAGCACAGACGAGGAAAUCACUGAGAAAGGCCGGCGAGUCCUCAAAAAGGCGGUAUCCAUGGAGCUGCCUAGGAGGAGCGUGAGCCCAGGUCCUAUGAGUCAGGAGGACUAUGCUCACAAACUGGAGCUGAUGAGGCAGAGGUUGCUCCGAGGUGGUUCCGUGGACAAGAAGAUGAGCGGCCUGCGAGGACCCCUGCUGGAGACACUGGGUAUGGACGAUGGAAAGCAGCGGUUGUCUUUGCUGGAGCGCUACUCGCGCGCUCCCCGCUUAUGGGUUCCUCCUUUAACCAAGGCAGCCUCCAGCGACGAGCCCAGAGAGGACGUGCUCAAACCCAAAUUCUUUCGCAAGAGCGCCUCCUUCAGUCAAGGAGAUGAUGCAGAGCCCAUUCCCCUGCACCGACGCACCGGGGCACCACUGGAAAUCCCGCUGGCUCAGAUAGAGGAGCGAAGGCUCAAGGAGGCCAUAUCCAUGUCUGCUCUCACUGAGCCAUUCAAAAAUGACUCCUGCCCCGUGACUCCCAGGGAACCUUCCCCUAAACUUCCCACACCAAGCCCAGUGCCUAGGGAACAGGAGACAAAAAACAAGAUGGAGGAAGAGGACUCGUCAAUAGACAAGGAGAUUAAGACAAUUGGUGAAAAAACUGAUGGCGUGACCACAGACAGUAAUGCAGACAAGAGAUCGAGCACAAGUGGUUUCUCAGAGAAGGACAUGAGCAUGUCAGAAAAAGCAAUGAUUGAACCAGAGUACGUGGCCCCGAGGGAGCCUAUCCCUCCUUGGAGGAAGUAUAGCCCUCCUGUGAGGGUUCUUACAUUAGAGGAACAAAUGGAGAAGGAGAACGAAGAGAUUAAGGAAAAUGAGGCUGUUCCUGUUGUUGAACCAAAAGCUAGGGAAGUUGAGGAAGCACACAAAGAAAUACAAAAAGAAGUCAAAGAAUUAGAAGAGGAAGUGAAGGCACCAGUGAAAUCUUCUGAGAUGGUCAUUACUACAAGUUCUAAUAGGGUCACGCCAGCACCAGCAUUUUCAAGGGCACCAACAAAUGUUGUGACUCCCUCUCCACCUGCCCUAACUGUGCUCCCAGAUGGUAGGACCUCGGCGUACGCUAGCAUAAUGCAGACCAUCAUGGUCCCAUUGCUUCAGCCCCUAGUUAGCCCCCCGUUAGCAGACUCCACCCCUGUGGUUGUUCCAGUCCUUGCACAAGCCUCAUUUCUAGCACCAACAUUUAUACCCACACCUACACCUGUCUCUGGCCCAAAGAAGCUAGUCAAUCUGCUAUCUACACCAGGGGAACACCCUGCAGUCUUUUCAAGGGUGGCAUCCCCUGAGCCCAAAGAAUCGAGUACACCCAAGGUUUCCCCACGCCCUACGCCCCAGUGUGAGCUCUCGCCAGUGGGACAAAACCUCCAGGACAUUGCCUCUGAGGAAGUAUUUGAGGCCCGCUUCAAAAAGCGUGAGUCUUCCCUAACGCGAGGCCUGCAGCUUCUCAACUGGUCAAAGCCUGAGGAUAAACCAGUAGCCUCUUUGGACUCUGCCGAGUCAGGUGAAGAUGUAUACCGCCCUGGGCCCAUUGGAGCGCCAUUGGAGUUUGUCCCCAGGAGACUGGAGGAGAAGUCCAAGUCAGUGCAGGAUCUUCGCGAGGCCCAGAAGGACCAAGGCUUCAUGAGGAGGCUUUCCUUGCGCCUCAAGAGGACUCCGUCAACUGAACGCAAGGAAGAAAAGCCCAAAAAGAAAGAACCGGUGGCUCCCAGGCGCCGGCUCUCCUGGGCUCUCCACGGCCGAAGAGGAUCCCAUUCCCAGGAGAGGAAGGAGGUGGAGAUGAUGAGGAUGGAUAGGGGAAUGGAAGACAAGGUAAAGCAGGAGGUCAAGGAGCAGAAAAAGCCCAACGAGUCACCGGUCAUGGUCAUGCAUAGGAAUAUCGAGUCAACGGUGUCCGGAAUAUCCAUGAGGAUCCGCAGUGCCUCGGAGGAGAGAAGAGUAGCGACCGAGGAGAGGGAAGCCAACAAGCCAGAGAGCAAGAAGACACCCCUAUUCUCCAUUCUACGCAGGUCGACUUCUGAGGGACGUAACCUUAAGAGUAUGGCUGGAUCCGGUAUCCCUCAGAACCAGCUGGCUUCUCAGUCAGGCACCGGAGCCUCCUCAGAGUCCCUGGAAUCCAUGUUCAGCAUCAAGUCGGAGAAAGCAUCCAAGGGGGCAGAGGGCGAACGUAGGUCCCGAUGGGACCGUUGGGGCCUAACCAGAGGCAGCAAGAAGGACAAGACGGUAUCACAGCCUGAUAUCCCCACGGCUAUUGCCAGAGAGAAUGACUCCCUACACUCCCGCUCGUACUCCAGACUGGCAUCUAACUACCCUCCAGUGUUCCACAUCAAGUUGAGGGACUACGCCCUGCUGGAGGGAGAUCCCAUCACCCUUAGCUGCCUCCCAGCUGGCAGCCCCCACCCACACAUCUCCUGGAUGAAAGAUAAGAAGCCUCUGCAGAUUGAUGCCAGAAUGAACAUGAUCUCCUGUCCUGAUGGCAGGCAGCGGCUGAUGAUCAUGACGACCACCAAGAAGGAUGCAGGGCUGUAUGAGUGUGUAGCCACCAACCCCCUGGCUUCGGUCUCCAGCUCCUGUACCCUCUCCCUCACUCGUCUACCCAAUCGUCCUGGGACUCCCGAGGUUCCCCAGCACUAUAAGAACACUGCCCUGGUCCUCUGGAAGCCCUCAGACACUAUGGCCCCCUGCACCUACUCUCUGGAGAGAAAAGCAGAGGCUGAGAGUAACUGGCUCAUCGUGGCCACUGGAGUGGCUAACUGUUACUACAAUGUGGUUGACUUGGCAGGAGGGGGCGCCUUCAGGUUUAGAGUGGCAUGUGUGAACAAGGCAGGCCAAGGACCCUACAGUAACCUCUCAGAGGUAGUGUGCCUGGACGCCUCAGUGACAACAAAAUCCAGUGGAUCAGUCAUUGUGAAGACAGUCCCUGCCGCACCAGUGGUCAAAACGGCAACAAUGACCGUCCCCUCCAUGAAGCCUGCGCCUAGUAAAGUGGUGCACCCUGUCCCAUCUUUUGCCCCAUCCAGACAGACACUGUCCCCCUCCGCUGCCGCUCCCUCUUCUGCUGUACCAGCGGCCAAACCUAUCGCUUCUACCCCCGCUUCUAAACCUAUUGAUUCCAAACCCUUAGUCCCUCAGACCCCAACCAGCACUGCCUCCACCCCCAUGAUUAUUAGUGCGGUCCCGUCCCACCGGGCCAUCCCUGAGAUCCAAAGCCAUCCUCCGGCUCAGCCCGCCCCAGCCCCGGCCAAAGCAAAGACCACCCUCAACAUCAACGUCAUGAAACCGACACCGUCUCAAUUAGCAACCAUAACCAAGCUCGCUCCCCCUAUCGUUCUCCCCAAACCCCAGAGUCCCGUCAAUAUCGUCUCGCCCAUGAUUAAGACUCGGCCCCCACUCGUGGCCCCUCCGCCCACCAUCGGUAAACCCAUUUUGUCUGUGCCCAUGUAUGCACCAAUACCGGCUGCCACAGCACGUGUCACCUCACCCUUCCUCUCCACCCCCUCCCCCGCCAUCUCACCCCCAGUGGUGCUAGUUUCCAGCAUGAGUCCGGUAGGGGAGGGUGGGGUUACACCCACACGUAUGACGCCGUCAGGACGAAGGACGCCCUUGGGGGGACGCCCUGGUGAGAGCACCCUGCUCCAGGGAGUGCCCCAGAAACCAUACACCUUCAUGGAUGAGAAGGCCAGGGGCCGCUUCGGCGUGAUCCGAGAAUGUAGAGAGAACGCCACAGGCAACCUGUUCAUGGCUAAGAUCGUGCCCUACGAGGCAGACAACAAACAGACGGUGCUGCAGGAGUACAACAUCCUCAAGUCCCUCCACCACGAUAAGAUCAUGGCUUUGCACGAGGCCUACGUCACGCCCCGCUAUCUGGUGCUCAUCUCAGAGUGCUGCAGUGGGAAAGAGCUCCUCUACAGCCUUAUCGACAGAUUCCGCUACUCAGAGGAUGAUGUGGUGGGCUACAUCGUUCAGGUUCUGCAAGGUUUGGACUACCUGCACAACCGCCGCAUCCUGCACUUAGACAUCAAGCCGGAGAACAUCAUCAUCACAUACAUGAACAUGGUGAAGAUCAUCGACUUUGGAAGCGCCCAGACCUUUAACCCACUCUUCCUCAAGCAGUUCAACCCUCCUGUUGGAACUCUGGAGUUUAUGUCUCCCGAGAUGUUGAAGGGGGAUGUGGUGGGCCCUUCGGCUGACAUUUGGAGUGUGGGCGUGUUGACCUUCAUCAUGCUGAGCGGCAGGUUGCCUUUCAUGGAGAAUGAUCCACAGGAGACUGAAGCCAGAAUCUUGGCAGCCAAGUUUGAUGUGGGCAAACUCUACCAGAACGUAUCUCAAAGUGCCUCUCUGUUUUUGAAAAAGGUCCUCUGUAGUUACCCUUGGGCCCGUCCUUCCAUCAAGGACUGCUACAACAACUCAUGGCUCCAGGACGCCUACCUGAUUCGACUGCGGCGGCAGACCCUCACCUUCACCACCACAUGCCUCAAGGACUACCUGGACAAGCAGCAGAAGCUGCGGGCGGGUGUGGCCACCAAGCACAAGGUCCUCCUUCGGUCAUACCAAAGCUCGCCCCAGUCCAACACCAGCCCUAUACCCUCCUCGCCCAUGACACCGGUCAAACAGUGAGCACGGCUUCAUAUGUCAAUGCAUGAAGGCAGGAGCUAUUGCAUGAGAGGAGGUGCCUAAUCUAAAUGAGGCAGGACCUAGGAUCGAGCACUGAAGAACCCCCUUGGCCUCCUAACCUGGUGAGAUGAGUUGUGAAUUUAGCUUUUCAGCCAAAUGGACAUAAAAUCACAAAAUCCAGCACUGGUUCCAAAUAUUAAGGACCUAACCUCUCUGCCUCCACCAUAGAGUCCCUAUACUGAGCCUAAAGGAAGCCCCACAGAGAAGGUUCUUGCAAUGAGACAAUAACAUAAUAGUUAUUUGUGUAUUUCAUGGGGUGAUACACGUUUCUCAAGGGCUGGAUGCCAGCUCAAAGUUCCAAACCUCUGCUCUCUCUUUUUGAUACUCACAAGCUCGUAAUUUUUUCAUCUAAACCUCUUGUAUCCAAGUAUAUCAACCAGAUAUCUUCUCUUAACAUCUUGUACAUGUGUAAUUUUAUCUUUCCCUAGGAUGAUGAAAUUUGUGGAGAUGAUGUCUCUUCUCAGCUAGUUUUUAUGAACAAAGCAACACUACUGAUAACAUCUUUACCCAUGAUUAUGGGCACUACAGUAUGCACGCCAUAAUGCUCAGUUGACAUGUUCUAUCUUUGAUAAUCAGAAUGUUCUUCACAACAUGAGCUGGUUUAAAUGCAUUGAGAAAGCAUUGGGUUGUUUAUGGUUCAGACAAGAUUAGCAAGGGCUACCAGAACAGUGAACAACUAAUCAACGCAACCCAAAUCAAGGAGUAGGACCUGUAAAAAUUCUUAUAAUGACAGAGACUUGGUUAGCCAAAUCAGAAUGUCUUUAUCUUAUAAUGUCAAUUUUCCUAUGGACAUUGCAGACGAUUUGUGUAUACCAAGUAUGUGUAUACAAAGGCUGCCAAGACCUCCAGUACCUUACAUUCACGGUAACUGAGGGUGUCUUGAGUCACAGAGUAGAAUGUGGAAGGGUCAUGCUGUCUCUUGCAAGUGUCCUUACUUGAGUUCAGAAUGAACAUUUUGACAAAUGAGAUUGUAACGUGAAUGAACAGAGGAAGUGAUGAGUGGCUUAAUCUACAGUUAAACAGGACGUCAUUAGCCCCGUUUAUACCUGGUUCUAAUAUGCAUCUGUUGUCCUGAUCUUGUCCACAUUUUGAUUGUGCCCACAUUUAUCGACAGCUGUAGACAAUCAAAAUACGCAUUGUGAUCUGAUUGUGAUUAGAUGUUCCUGACCACCUCCGGAGGUAGUCGAAGACUCAUCUUGUACGGAUAUCCUUGAAGUGUAAACGAAUCCUGACAACAAAAUCGUAUACAUUUGGCCAACGUCACAGUUGUCCUGCCCUCUCAAAAACACUGGCCAGUUGAAUUAAGAUCAUGGUCUUCAUUAGAAACCAAGUGCCUAUACUGGCACUGUGGUCAGAUGCCACAGUCCCAAUACCAGGUCCAGCUCAAAUGGGCAUAUAGAAAUGAAGAUAUUUAUGAAAACAUAUCGUCACGAAUGAGAGAAAAGGGGUUCUCCCGUUCCCACAUGCAAUGCCAGUGCAAAAUCGAAUAUUUGAUAACUACAGAAAGUCCAAGGACUGUAAUAGCAGAAUUUUAACUGAACUACAAAUGUAUUGAGGAUGCAUGAGACGGACUAUGAUGGAGUCGCAGCAGAAGAGCACAGUGCAUGACAAGAGUAUGGCAAGGUAUAAUGUGAAGGCCUAAUUUUCCACCUGUAGAUCUAGCCAAAAUAAAUGGUGGGUGGGUGGGUGGUGAAUAGUCUAAUUCAGUUGCUAUAUCAGAUAUGAAAAUAAUUCAGUGGUAUAAUGAAAUGAUUUUCGAUUCUAUUCUAUUCUAUUCCGUGAAUCUUUGAGCAUUUUCCAGCUAUCAAUACAGUGCAGAAGAUGUCCAAACUGAUGCGUAAAGGCGCAUAUCUUUCUGUAAGCAUGAACUGUCCAAUAUAAUGUAGGCUACAAUACGAAGGACUCUUAAGGCUACUCUCUGAUUGACACUUUAUUUCUUUAUAAAGCCAUAGUAUUUGCUUUACAUGUGUGCAUAUUUGCACAUUUUAUCGAUUGCCAGUUUUAUCCAUGCAUUUUCAUAAUUUCACUAUUAUUUUUGCUAUAGCUUAUCAUAUUAGAUGUUUCAUUAGUGAAUUAUCACUGAUCAAUCAUUUGGAGGAACUGAACCACGAUCGUUCUCCCAGCAUGUCACAUUUUUUCCUUUGGUAAUGUUUAGGCCUAUACUAAAGGUUAUUUAAAAUACAAGAUUACAAAUAAUAUAAAGACAACGCAUGUAAACAUCCAUGCGUAAAUAUCAACCCUGUCCAGACCUGUUUGGUUAAAUGCGUUGUACCAUUCGGAGAUGCACUUUGUAGCCUACUCUGUAACUUAACCUGUUUCUGUUUUUACUGUGUGCAUUAGGGCCUGUCAUUUUUAUUUAUACUGUGCAUUAAUUGUAUUUUGUACUCACAUCCAGAUAGUCAGCUCGUUUGUCUGGUGACAUUUUCAGGGAUGGGAGAGAUUCUCUGAAUAUUUAUUUGUAUGUCUGUGGAUAGGUCGAGGUUAUUGGGACAGUAGCCUAUUACGCCCAGUCUUAAAUCGCUGGGUAAGAAACAUAGGUUGUAAUAAUGAGAGUAUAAAACUAUUGACUAUAAAUGUGUGCUGUUUUCUGUUGAUUUAUACAGCUUGUGUCAUAAGGGGAGGUCCAAGGCAGGUUGGAUUAAUUUGCAUACAGAGAGGGACCAGGGAAUCUGGUCACAAUAUUGACGUUGUGGGUAGAUAAGAGACACAUUUUAUUCCCAUGUGUAGACACAACAAAUCUUGAUCAGAUAGUGAUCGGAUCAUCUUGAUUGGAUGUCGACAACCACAUGUUAAUGCAAGGUGUAACCACGGCUUUUGACUCUAAGAAUGCAAAUGAGUAUGCAGACUACCCAUCAGUUACUCAUAAUGCAGGUCCUCACUUUUAAAUUAGGAUGAUGCUUGGAGAAAUAAUGUAUUUUUGUUUUGGGCAUAUUGCCAAAUGCUUUCUUAUUCAGAAAAUAAAUGUGUGUAGGUGCAUGUCAGUCACAUCCACACAGAUUAAGAAAAUGUGAACUUUUCAAACUGUUAUGUUUCAAAAAAAUUUGAGAAUUGUGUUAAUGGAUUAUAUGUUUUGCUAUCUUCAUUAUCCAACAUUGAAACUAUAUAUAUAUAUACAUAUACAGUGGGGAGAACAAGAA